UGGUGAGCGGUGGGCGCUGGUGGAGAUGAGGGAAUGUCAAACUUGUUGCCGAGUGGCGAGAUAAACACGUCCAACAUGAAGAUGAACUGGGCUGCCUUCAGGAGCUCCCCGUUUUUUUAAAUACUGCGAAUGGUCAGUUGGGCAGCCUCAGCCAAGUAAACGGGACUAAGCGCAGCCGGUUGGAUAUGUUUCACACAGUGACAAGAGUCGCGGUUGUCUUGGACAUUCAGUUCACAGGCGACGGACGCAGAGACUUGAAUUUGUAAGACAAGUUCAUCCUCUAGCGGAUCAGGAACGGCCGCUGUUACAGUGGAGUGAGAGAGUUUUAUAGUACAUAUUGCCGGAUUGCUCUAAGAUGGGACUGUGCGCGGGCUACGCUGCUUUGCUUUGCAACGUCCUGGAUUCGCCGUCGCUCCCAGGAACGUUUCGUCUUGCAAAAUGAAUAUUACAGAGUGUUUAUGAAGAUGUACGUUUUCCAGGAUCAGCUCCUUAAGGUCACUUACUUGUCCUCGUCAUCUGCAAAGGUACCAAAGUUUUUCGCACUACGUGGAUAUCACGCCGACUGCCCUCAUGUUGGGUCUCCGGAGUAUGGACCCGGUUGGAAAGGAAGAAAGUAAGAAAAAAUAUUUGGAAUUACAGAAAAUGGGAUCCCCCAUCACUUCGGAUUAUUUGCUUUGAUUUUGUUUUAAACUUUGUGUGCUUAAAGAAAGCUAAUUGCACAAGCUAUUGUGCAGAGUAACAAUGAAUGCUAACUAUAACACUUCUGGAUUUCACAUGAAAGCACCAUCAAUAGCUGUAGAACCAGUCUUGGAUCCUUUGAAUGAACCCCCCAUGCAGGGGCUCAACUUCAUGCCAGGCAGAGAGCAGUAUGGAUUCCAGCCUCACAGCCAUGGGGAUAUGCUCACUACAGGACUACAGCAGCAACAUCAGCUCCAUAUGCCGCCGCCUUUCAACAGCCAACAGCUUAAUCCUGACCAGCCUUCACACCCCUACCACGAUGGGGUCGCCUCAUGCUUGCAUGGGGACAGACACAUCGGCUUCAAUGGCAGCAAUACAGGCCACCAGCAGAUGUUUGCGUCAGAAUUUGGUCAGCUCACAGAAGCCCAGACACGAGAAUGUCUCUCACAGCAGCAGCAGCAGCAACGGCUGGCUAGUAUGCCUGAUUACCAUGUCCACAGCCAUCCUAACAGCAAUCAUGCUGUGCCAGCCCCAUGUUUGCCUCUGGACCAGUCACCUAACCGGGCUGCGUCUUUCCAUGGCCUCCCAUCUUCCUCUCCCGAAAGCAACAGACUGGAGCACUAUAGGCUUUUCCCACAGGGAAGGGCGGGUGGGUCGCAGUACUGUUUCCCAUGUGAUCCUCUGCCUGGCCAUUUUGAUGUGACAGGAUUCUCUACUCCUGACUCCACUGAACCCAGAUUCUCCUAUUGCGAAGCGGAGAGCCAGAUGGCUGGCUGUAAUUUCCCCACUUUCAAUCAUGGCGGCUCCCGAGCUUUGAUCGGCAGUUCUAAAGUCGACCAACAACUACCUCAGCAAAACACAUAUUCAGAGAGGUUUGGGAACAGGGGGAAAUUGGAACCAGGAGUCUCUGCUAGACAUCACCUCAUGGCCCAGCAGAGAGGGCCCAUGGCCAGACAGAACCCUGGGUCCCCUGUUCUUCCCCGGUUGUACCAUGCCCCAGACUUUAUUCCAAAUAGUCCAGACAUGCAAAAUGGCAGUGCUGUGGUCCAUGCUCAGCAUGGCCAGAUGGAUCAUCCCAUGCACAGAUUAAGUAACCACAGCAUGCAUUCUUUUGGGGAGCCCAUGUUUAACGUUCCCCAGCUUGGACCUCAACCACCCCAUCAGCAGCACCUCAACUCCUUUCCCUAUUUGAAUAUGGCCAAGAGGCCGCGGUUUGAUCUCCCAAAUGGCUCUGCUGGAGAGAGCUGCAGCCCCAUGAGCAGCAGCUUACAUAAUCGGCCGGGCCUUGAGAACCACCUCUCUCCCUCUGCCUUCCCUGCUCCCAUGGGGGACUUCACUGCUCACGUGAUGGAUGGUUUUCCAUCGGGCCUCCCACAUUUAAGCUGUGGCCCACACCAACAGCAGCCGCUGCCUCGCCGGCAAAACGCAGCUAUGAUGAUUAAACAAAUGGCAUCCAGGAAUCAGCAGCACAGACUGAGGCAAGCCGAGCUCCAGCCUCUAAGUCACCAGGGGGACAUAACACCAAAUGGCAUGGUUCAGAGAGGACCGCUGGGUAGUAUGUCGCAGGUGAAUUUUGAAAAGAAGCAUAAUUUUCAUGGCAACUUUGAGGCUCAGAGCCCCCACCUACCUCAUGAAAACUCCUGGUUUCCUGAUUCACAUCAGCAGUGUAGGGAAACUAAUAUUCAUGCAAUGGAGCAGACACAAAAUGGACACAAUCCUAUGUUUAGAUCAGGGGUAACAACUGGAGACAUGCAGUCUUUAAAUUCCCCUGGGCCACACAGUCAGUUUGAAAAUGGCAUGAACAAUACUCUGCAGGUACAUCCACCCAAUGACGGAACAAUGCAGCCAAACACACCCCUGGACAGGAGUCAGCAUGAAUUUGGAGGAGCCGCUAUGAGGCGGCAGCACAGCUUUCCUCCUGGGGGGCCAAAUCAGCAGGGAACCCCCCAGAGCAAUCCUCCUGGCUUCAUCUCCUCACCAGGGAACUAUCAAUCCCAUCCUGAGUACCUCUCCAGCCAGCACCUGUCAGUCAGUAAGCUUGGGGCCCUGUCUUUGGGGAAUUUAAACAAAGCCAGUACAAAAGACAGUGUGUUUGGCCAAAGCUGUCUGGCAGCUCUCUCCACUGCCUGCCAGAAUAUGAUUGCCAGUCUAGGGGCCCCAAACCUCAAUGUGACUUUUAAUAAGAAGAGCCAAAAUGAGGCCAAACGCAAACCAGGUCAGGUGGAGCAGGACGUAAAUAGCAGUGGCGGUGGCGGGGCUUGUGGCCCAGGGGCAGAGUAUUUUCAGAGCAAUGCUUCUCAGAAUAGUCAAACAUCUUGCUCUGGGAAUAACAACAAUGCAACAGCGGGUCAAAGUGCUCCAGGCCAGAUGGCGAAAAGGGAAACUAGCACCCUCUCCCCAAACAACAACAUAGAUUCUGGGAAUGAAGGGAAAGCAGCAACAGGCAGUGGCCGAGGAAGAGGAAAGAGAAGACGGGACAGUGGGCACAUAAGUCCAGGAAACUUCUCCCCCUCAUGCAGCAGCAACCCUGUGGUUAGUCCAGGCCAGCAAGCAUCUUCUUUGAGCAUGGGCAUUGAGGGCCAUGGCAGGACACCUGAUGGCUCUCUUGUCUCCCCUUCCUUUGGAAAACCUGAUCUUGCAACUUCUAUGGACAGCGGUAUUCAAAGCGUGGGAAAAUCUGAUGGUGUUUCACCUUGUAUGGAUUAUCUAGAUGAUGCUAGCCCUAACUACAGCAAUGAGGAUCCUAGGACCAACAGAACCAGCAUAAAAUGUAAUUCAGACAACAGGACUGGCUAUCCUGACACGCCUUGCAUGGAGCAGGUGAGGACACCGCUGGGUAGCUCAGGCCAAGACGAAGUGCAUCCUCUGGAGAUUCUCCAGGCCCAAAUCCAGCUGCAAAGGCAGCAGUUUAGCAUUUCCGAGGACCAGCCACUCGGAGGAAAGACUGGCAAAAAGCCGGACUGCCCGUCUGGACCCAACGGAGACUGUGCUCUGGCAAGCGGCAGCCCAGAGUCAGGAAAAGGCUCUGUGAAUACUAUUGACCUUGACUCUCUCAUGACAGAGCAACAUGCCACCUGGUAUGGCCCUAGCAGCAAGGCUCUGAUAAAGGACCCUGGGAAUGGCAAGUGCAUGGGGUUCUGGGACAGAGCAAGAGGCCAGAGUGACAACAAAGAAGGGCUUGGGUAGGACUGCUUUUUUGGAUGUCCCUCAAUGGCUCCUCGCUGUAUCGCCGAAGAGGUGCUGCUCAAGCUCAGUGUGGGAGUGGGGGAGGACUUGAAGGAGGCCACCCGCAGUGCCUGUCUCCUCGCUGCACAGGGGGACUGGGGGAUGGAGGAGCCCACGAAAGCUCCACUCCUGGCCUGGAGCACAUCAAACUCAGAGACACCCAAGACCAGCUCCAAGCAUUCAGAGGGGGUUGGGGGAGAAGAACCCCCUGCCUGCUCCCACCUGAUGGGUGAUGUUCAGUCCCAGUAUAUUUUUUUGCUGGUAAUCGGAUACCGUCUUCACCAGGAACAGUGAGGCCACCAUCUCACUGUAUGCUGCUAGGAGGCCACACAUUCACAACCUCUACUGGAAACUUCACCACAGAAGAGACUGAGGACUAUGCGAUUUGGGAAACACACAUAAGCACACCAGAUUGGAAUGUUGGACAGCAUGGUUGAAUUGCUUUUAGCAAAUUUUUUUUAAUCCUUUUUCACCAUUUGUCCUCUUUUCUAGUUUUGUUUUACCUCAUUUUUUAAAAUGUUGAAGUGAAAAUCAGAAUGUUUUUCGCAAUAUUUUUUUUUUUUUGAGAUCUUUCUGAAUGUAGACGUUGGUGAAGAGGUGAACAUAUUUCUCUUCAUUCAGGUCACAGUGUCCUAAGCCAGUUUCGGGUGAAAACCCAACUCAUUCUGCCCACGUGUUAUGUACAAAAGUGCCGCACAAGCCUAAUGCUCAGUUUAUGGGCUGUGUGCAUGGAAAAUUACAAAAUGCGUAUGAUGUAAGGGAAGGCUGCGUAAUACGUGGGAAUAUCGCGCAAAAAGUGGGUGAAGAUAUUACAUGUGUGAUUAUAUAUUCUAUUCGAUUUACUAAAGUUGCGGCCGCUGGUUUUGUAUCGAUUUUUCUCUGCCUUUUACAGACAGGCUUAAACUAGCAUUAAGCUGCAGUCACAAUAGACUACAGCAGUUUGUAUUGCCUGCGAAAUAAGAGUGACCAAGGCUGGUCCGGAAGAUUGGCGACAAAAAUAUCCUCCAUGUUGGUGCAGUUAGCAAGCUCGCUAACUUGCUAACCGGGAACAGUAACGACACAAAAGUAAACAUAAUUAAAUCAGAUAAUAUUUGCUCAUGAGUAAAUAUCGUGCUGCACACUGAGUCGUAGAUGUAGAUAACUGGCAUAGUUGACAGCAGUGCCGUGACUUGUUUGCAGCUGCAGUUAGCCAAGGAGCUAACAAGCGGACUAACUCACCUAUCACAAACAGUAAAAACACAAAAGUAAGCAUCCUUAUAUCACAUAACUAUAUUUUCGCCACAGCAUAGUGCUGCACACUGAUCUAUAGCAAAAAAGUUCGGAUUGGUUGGCGGCAGUGAUGUGACUUGUGUGCAGCUGUGGUUAAGCAAGGAGCUAACCUCGCAGUUAGCAAGCUGGCUAACUCAUCUGAAACAAACUGUAAAAUCACAAAGAAGUCUCCCAACUCCUGGGGUAUCAUGCAGUCUCUCUUUUGUUUGUUUAUGUAUAGCCAGCAAGGAAGACAUGAUAAAAGGAUUGUGCUUAGACACUGCUAAAUUGGCAUUUCCUUCAUUUUGAGGGUUCAGUGCUAGGACUGUCCCUUUAGAGGUCUGCACGGGCUUAGCAGUAGCACUACAGGUAGAGGAUGCGAAUUCACACAUCAGGGUUCACCAAAGUUGAUCUCGAUACAGAAUUUUGCUUAUUUAUCCCGGACGUUUGCGAUGUGAAAUUGGUCAUCGUGGCAAAAUGACACCCCUGCAAAAUGUUUCAGUUGGAAGAAACUUCAUUCAUUGACACCACUAUCUCUUUGUUACAGAACUUUUACCCUUUGUGUUGUCACUUAUUGGCUGCUCCAUAAUUUCACUGCCUUUUUCAAACCCUGCAGCUCAGUUAGGGGAUGGGGCUUCACGCAAUUGUGAUAAGUUGCUGUCUUAGUAAACCAAACGUUAAUUUCAUUUUGCAGCUGCAUCAAGGCCCGUUUUGCACUGUGCCUGCACUCGUACAUACAUCUGGCCCUGAACAUUCUCUUCUUGGUUUCUGAUAGCUUCAGAAAUCUCAGAAAAGUCUGGCUGGUUCCACCAGUCAUUUCAUCCGUAAAACCACCUCGAUUCUCGUAAAGAAAUGCGCAAUUAAAUAUAUGUUCACCACAAUCAUCCUUCACAGAUCCUUCAUAUCCCACAUUCGAAUCCCGUUUUUGUCCCACAGUGAGCCGCUUCAGAAUUAAGACAGAAACUAUUCACACUAGAAGAACCACUUUCAGUAUUGUGUUAAAAACUCCUGGCAGUUCACUUUGGUCCUCAGCACUCAGCUUUUCUGACUGCGGUGGGUCAACCUUUUGACUUUGAAAGGCCAGUGGGGGUUCUCUCCUCUCCCUACUGCUUUUGGAAAUCUGAUAUGUAGGCUGAGCUCAUCCCUUUGUGGCCUGCCUGGCCAGCGUCGGAAUGCCAUUGUUUCAAACCGAUACUCUUCUCUAUUUGGGUUUUCCCCUUCACUCGGCCUUCAUUGGCAAACUGAGCUUCUCCCUGCUUUUAAGCUAACUGGUCCUGAAUAUGUUUGGCCAGAAUUGGCAGCCCAUUCAAGAGGGGACAAUAGCCACUGACAAAAGACUUUUCCCUUUUAAGAAAAUGGCUUUCCUUCUGGCAAUUUAAAAGGUCUUUAACCAGUUUAUUGGUGUUUGACACUUCAGUAUUUCCAUGCUCUACCUCUUCCCCUGUUUUGAAAUGCAUUAUUUUUUGUCAAAUUUACUUGACAUCGGGACACAUCAUUUGCUUCUUAAUAUGGCCUUCUUGCUCAUAUAAAUUUACACUACGUGAAUCUUUUUGAGAAGACUUUGUACAUGUGGAAGUGGCUUUUUAAAGCCCAGAGGUUUCACUGCAAUAUUUACACAGCUAAAGAUGUUUUUUGUCCUAUAAUUUGCUGGUGUUGUAAAUAAACUGUAUAGCAACUGUAUAUUAUGGAUUAAUUAACAGGAAAUAUGUUGUAAAUCACUGUUUUUUUCUGCUCCUGACACUCAAUAUAAGUUGAGUGCAUUAA